CCAGAACUGACGCGCCUCUUCCUGCCCCGUUGCACGCGCACCUUUUCCUCCUACCCUCACCAUGUCCAAGUCCCCCAUAACCUGCCACGUCCUCGAUGCAUCCACUGGCAAGCCUGCAGAAGGCGUCGAGAUCCAGCUGCAGGAAUACAAGCACGUCCAAUCCGAGAACGCUUCCUUCGCCUUCGAUCCAUUAGCCAAGGGCACAACCAACGCCGACGGACGAUGCACAGAUCUGCUCCCACCGCGCGGCUCGGAGGAGGCGAAAGCACAGAAAGCUGAACUCGCCCCGGGAACGUACAAGAUGAUCUUCAGGACGAACGAAUACUUUGAGAAGACUGGCCGUAAAUCGUUCUACCCUUGGGUUGAGAUCUCCUUCACCAUCGAGGAUGCCAGCCAACACUACCACAUCCCUCUUCUCAUCAGCCCUUACAGCUACACGACCUACCGUGGCAGCUAGAUGUACGAAGUCAAGACCACUGAUAUCUACCAUAGAGUCGUAGAAUAUAGAAAAACAAAAUUGUGGAACUACACACGUCGCAAUGCUAGCGCCCUUGAAAUCCCGCGAUGGUAUACUACGCCAUGAGCGCUAUGUGCUUGAGCUCGCUGAGGUGCACAUGAUUAGCCACAAAGACACUGUAAUGGCCAGGGCACGCACUUCUGAACCUGUUGUCCAACCUUCAUUGGAGGAUACGCUGGCUCCUCGCCUUCGUACAGGCCCA